AUCAUAAAUCUACAUAUUUUUUCACUUCAUUUGUCAUAGCUUUGUCGCUUCAUUUGUGAUAUUGACUAAUUGGUUGUGAAGUGGAGUAGUAUUUUGUGGGAGUUGGUAGUUAAGUAGAGCGGCAAUUUCGCAGAGGUAGAGGAGGAAAUUGCAUUUGACUAAUUCUUCACUGAAUCCAUUACCAUUUUCCUACAUCUGAGAUGGGUUUUGUUCCUCGACACCCACAAUUCUACACAGGCUUUCAUCUGAGAAUUUACCAACCUUGUCUGCAUGGACUCAAGAAUGGUGACGUUGUCCAUUUUGUUGAGCAUUCUGGCAGUUGAAGUGGUAAGAGCGCAAGACAAUGGCGGCAACGGUACGAAAGAAUUAGCAAAUAUCGACUGCAACGGCAUCUAUCUCACCUACACCUUCGAAUCUCGCAGCAGAGAGUAUCCGUAUUUGAAGAACGUGACUGCACAGCCUUGGGCCUUCAAGUCCACUGCCACAAUCACCAAUGCCGGAUUUUAUGAACUCAAAAACUGGAAAAUCUUCAUCGGCUUUCAAAACGACGAGAUUUUAGUGUCUGCCAGCAAUGCCGUUAUUACAGAUGUUGAUGAGCUCCCCGCUGCCGUCGGCAACGGAACUACACUCUCCGGCUUUCCUCAGACGGAUUUGAAGACCUCCGUCUUAACCGCUGGAGAUUUGGAUCAAAUUCAGGCCAAAGUUGAAUUGAAAGGCUCUCUUUUCGGGAUCAAGCCGCCGGGAUUCCCUAUGCCUCGGACUAUCAAACUUGCAAACGACGGAUACAAGUGCCCUGCUCCAACUCGGAAAGGAGGGACGAUGAGUGCUUGCUGCGUGAGGGAUUUGAAGGCAAAGCUGAAGAAGACGACGCGGAAGUACAUGCCGCGGCAGAAAGGCGACCUGAUGAUGACGUACGACGUGUUGCAGGCGUACGGGAACAACUACCUCGCUCAAGUGACGAUGGAGAACGAGAAUCCUCUGGGGCGGCUGGAUCACUGGAAUCUGACAUGGGAGUGGAAGAGAGGAGAGUUCAUUAACUCAAUGAGAGGCGCCUACACUCGUAAAAAGGAUAUCUCAGAGUGCACCUACGGCGCCGCCGGUCAGUACUAUCAGGAUUUCGAUUUCUCCAAAGUGAUGACGUGUGAGAAGAAGCCCAUCAUAGGUGAUCUGCCACCAGACAGAGAGAAAGACAAAGAGGUCGGGAAUAUCCCCUUCUGCUGCAGGAACGGCACCUUGCUGCCCACCACCAUGAACCACACCAAAUCCAAGUCGGUCUUCCAGAUGCAGGUCUACAAAAUGCCACCCGAUUUGAACCGAACAGCUCUCUACCCUCCCGAGAAAUGGAAAAUCGUGGGUGUCGUCAAUCCGCAGUACAAAUGCGGGCAGGUAAUACGAGUCGACCCCACAGAGUUCCCCGACCCCACCGGCCUCCAGAGCGUCACCUUAGCAAUCGCAACGUGGCAAGUGGUGUGCAACAUCACGCGGCCCAAGAAGGGGGAGACGCGCUGCUGCGCCUCCUUCUCCGCUUACUACAACGACUCCGUGGUGCCCUGCAACGCGUGCGCGUGCGGCUGCUCCAGCACCAGGCGCUGCAACGCCCACGAGCAGCUUCUGCUCCCUCCCGAGACGCUCCUCGUCCCGUUCGCCAACAGAACGAAGAAGGCCGUGACUUGGGCAAGAAUCAAGCAUUUGAGGCUCCCCAGACCGCUGCCCUGCCCCGACAACUGCCGCGUCAGCGUUAACUGGCACCUGGCCACCAACCACGUCAAUGGCUGGUCCGCUCAUGUCACCAUGUUCAACUGGGGAGACAUUGAUUUCGCAGAUUGGUUCAUCGCUGUUCAGCUCGACACCACCGCCGCCGGUUUCCAGAAAGCUUAUUCUUUCAACGGCACGCUUCUCAAAGACCUCAACGGCACCAUCUUCAUGACCGGCUUGCCCGGUCUCAAUUAUUUGGUCGCCCAGACUAACGGAACGCACCCUAGUCGGGACCCUAAAGUACCCGGUAAGCAGCAGUCGGUUAUCUCCUUCCACAAGAAGCACUUAGGUAGUAGGCCCACUGCAGACCGUGAAUUGUUUCCUACCAAGCUCUUUUUCAAUGGGGAAGAAUGUGCGCUGCCUCCUAUCCUUCCAGAAGCUCGCGCUUCUUGCCGUGCUGCACAUUUUCAGACUGUUGCAUUGCUCGCGUCUAUCACCUUUUUGUUUCUCAUCUUCUAGUACAUCACAAAUAUUCUUCACUCCGCUAACUUCUAACUAUCUCAAAUUAAUAUGUUUUGCCAUAAUUUUUACCGUCUUGCCAUAAUAAAACAAAUUAAGAUCGUAAUCAACACUUCAUCAAGACUUGUCUUUCUCAGAUUGUGAUAUAGACUGCAUAGGAACUAUCCCCCCUCGUUUUGGCCUUUUCUGUAACAAACUUAACAGCUAAUUUUACAACCGCUAGUACUAUAUAUCACAACCUCGAACAACUAACUCAAGAAAAAAAAAAAAAAGUGAUGAUGAGAAUCCCAAAAUCCUUAAAAAUAUGUGGUGGUGUCACUGCACUUGUGAUAGUAAGUCUUUUCGUGAUAGUGCUAGUUCUGUGGCUAACAGUGCUGAAACCUAAACAACCCAAAAUCACGAUGCAGCAAGCCACCUUAAAACAUCUACACUUUUAUGAUCUCCAAAUCAACGUUACGCUGGGGCUGCUGCUGACCGUGAAGAACCCUAACCACGCGAGCUUCAGGUACGAGAACACGACGGCCUACAUAAGCUAUCGCGGAUCGCCUGUAGCUGAAGCGCCCAUAGAAGCGGACACCAUACCGGCGCGUAGGGAUCACGACAUCAGCACGGAUUUAGUAGUGGACGCGGACAGAUUGGUGGCUAAUAGUGGUUUUCUGGGGGAUGUGCUGGCCGGCUGCCUCAACUUCACGUCGUCCACCACUCUCCACGGCAGAGCCAAGGUGCUCAACUUAUUCAAGAUUACGGCCACCACUUAUAGCACCUGUGACAUCUCGGUAUAUAUCUUUUAUGGGAAUGCAACUUCUGUGUGCAAUUCCAAAUUUAAAUACUAGAUCAAUUUUUGUUCCUACAAUAAGGUGUUGUUUAGGAAAUUUAUCUGAUUUAUGUCAAAUGAGCUUCCAAAGGCUUUAAGAAAAUUUACAAUAUAUAUGUUCUAUUUCCU